UCGCGCCACUCUUUCGUCUGCCACGCAGGACCCGGAAAUAGAUCUCCCCGUAGCGGAAGCAGAACUCUAACACCGGAAGCGGGAGUACGUAAAACAUGGCGUUGGCCGUGCUAGCGCGGAGGACCGGGACUCCUGUUACAGCCCUGCUGAGCCCUCCUCAGGCUGCAGCUCUUGCUGUCAGAUAUGCAUCCAAGAAGACAGGUGGCAGCUCCAAGAACCUUGGUGGAAAGUCUCCAGGCAAACGCUUUGGGAUCAAGAAAAUGGAGGGUCACUAUGUUCAUGCUGGAAACAUCCUUGUGACUCAGCGCCACUUCCGCUGGCACCCAGGUGCCCAUGUGGGGCUGGGAAAGAACAAAUGCCUGUAUGCCCUGGAGGAGGGGGUAGUCCGCUACACUAAGGAGGUCUAUGUGCCCAGUCCCAGCAACUCGGAGGCUGUGGAUCUGGUCACCAGGCUGCCGGAGGGGGCUGUGCUCUACAAGACUUUUGUCCACGUGGUUCCUGCCAAGCCUGAGGGCACCUUCAAGCUGGUAGCUAUGCUUUGACUUCCUGUUUGAGGCCUUUGGAGCCCAGGUGACAGGAGAGGAUGGUACCAGACGUCAUCAAGAGUUGGAGUGAUGACAAGGUCUCCCAGUGAAGAGGUCUGCUUGGUGGUGACUGCAGGAGACUCUGAAAUGACUGGUGGAAGCCCUUUGGAAGACCUGAUUUGGGGCCAACAAUAAAGUUAGCUAGAGUCGA